CGGCGGCAGUGUGGAGUCAGCUGUGGGAGGAGCAGGUUCGGGCCGCGCCGCAGUGUCACGUUGCUAACAGCGGGGUCAUGUGCCUACACAGGUCAUGUUAGGGUAGCCAUGUGUCACACAACCGGUUAUAAGAUGCGGCUCUGGAUUUGGUCGGUGGCCGCGCCGUAGCGAUUUCACUACCGUGUGGACGACCAGGUAAAUAGGACAUCCCCCUGCAUGUUUUGGGACACCACCGACCUACACAACUAUCCAAUGUCCGGGGUGCCGGUGGUGGGAAGGUAUGUGUCACGCAGCUGGAGCAGCCGGGCGGGGGCGGCCCCGCGGGGCGACCACCACCCGCCGCCCCAACAGCGCCCCGCCUCACCCUGGAGGAUACCCGCCUUCUUCAGGAGAAAGUUUGACAUCGCUCAGCGUGGAGGAGGGCGGGUGGCGAGCACGGCCCCCGGGGACGCUGGAGGAGGCGUCACCGUCGCCGAGGAGGCCUUCAAGGACCCACCACCCACACUCAAGGACCCCAUGCGAGAGUCCACCAGCACCGACCCUAUCAAGGACUUUGAGGCCACCCCUUCCCCAUAUGACGAACCUGAGGUAUGCGCUCAGAGUGAUGAUGGUGACUGUAUACACCAACGGCUGAUAAACAGCUCUCCCAUUCGGCAGAUCCGGGAUGUGACUUUUAGAGAGCCUCGCUACCUAGAUCUGUUUGAUCCCAGCGUGUCAGUUGUGAGGGAUCCCAGACUUGACCAGCCCCAGCCUCCAUCCAAAAGCCGAGCCCGUAGCGUCUUCAGCCGCAUUCUCUCAUCUAUAGCCUCCACUAAGGUCGUCAUAGGGUGUACCAUUAUUCUGGUGGUGUUGGUGGUGGUGAUAGUAACAUUGGCCUCUACCUCCCAGGGAUCAUUUUUUGGCGCUGAUCCCCGCAUCCAACAUCCUCAUGUUACAACUGUCACUACAUGUGGUUUCGUACAAGGGAUUAUAGAGAAUGGUGCCUAUGUGUUCCGUGGGUUGCCGUAUGCUGUGCCUCCUGUGGGAAAGUUGCGAUUUCGUGCAGCACAACUCCACACUAAUGUGAAUGAUUGCUGGACUGGAACAUAUGUGGCUAAUGUAACUCGGCCAUGUUGGAGCUAUGAUAGUCAGGGAGCCGUGGUAGAUGGCUUUGAAGACUGUUUACUGAUGGAUGUGUUCACACCCCAGCUUGGUUACGACUCUCCACUCCCUGUAAUAGUGUACAUAGGAGGAUCUGGUCUGGGCACUGACACACGGAGUCCCUGGCUACUUAGUAAAGCAUCAGGCCUCGUCAAAGGCAAACGUGUAGUCAUUUUGGCUCCACAGGUUCGACGCGGCCUCCUUGGUUUUUUCCCUCAUCCAAAGCUUGCAGCCUCAACCUACCCUCAUACUGCAGGAAAUCAGGGCGUAUCUGACCUAUUGACAGCAUUGACCUGGGUGCAACGCAAUGUAGAACACUUUGGUGGUGACCCAGAGCAGGUGACACUUUUAGGACACGAGGCAGGAGCUGCAAUGGCAUGGCCACUUAUUUCAUCACCUCAAGGCCACAGGGUAAUUCAGUCUGCCUGGCUAACAGGCUCUGUACCUUUGCAUCCAGAGAAUACCUGGCGUGAAGCAGACCCCGAAUUGGUGGAGUCGCUGAAUUGUUCUACUGUAAUUUGUUUUGAGACGAUCUCGGCACGCACUGUGAUGGAGGCACCACCCUUAGAAUGGCGGCGCCCUCAAGGCCGCCCAUGGCUUUUGGCUGAUGGUGUCAUUGUUCCCUUUCUCCCGUCCAUGCCACAAGUGCCUCUCAUGAUUGGGUCAACUGAACAGGCAGCUGCAAACAAUUUGUUAUCUUGGCGGGAACGUCUUGGCACUUCACGCCAGCAGCUUAUUGAUGCAGUUGUAGAUGGUCUACGACUGAAUGAAUAUAAUUAUGGACAACCAGUGGGGGCUGGUAGCUCAGCACAUAGUGGUGGUAGCCCCCCAGGAUCUGCAGCUGGAAGAGAUAUUUGGCCAAGGCGAUCUGGAACCAAUCAAGGCAGGUGGCCUCAACCUCCAAGAAAUGAUCAGAGGUUAUCAGAAUUAAGCAGCUUUGUGCAAGGAUCAGCAGAUGCAGAGACAGCCUUAGAAUGGUAUUCUGAUUUCAAAGAUGAUCCUUGGCUGCUGCUCAGCACACUUGUGUCUGAUGCGACUGUUACGUGUCCUACCUUGAUUACUAUUACUAGACUGUCAAGGACCCUUUCUCAUACACAUCCUACUGGAACUGAAGAUGUACCUGUUUAUGCUUAUGUGUCACGCCAUGCUCGGAUCAGCCGUGCUGGUCUUGUGGCAGAUGGUUUUUCUGAUAUCGAAUCAAUUCUAGGAGUAUUUCAACCUCGGAAUGAAAAUGAUGUCCAGUAUGCUCGUACUAUGCAGGACUUAUUUUUUUUCUUUGUGAAUUAUGGCUCUCCAGAUUGGCACUCUGCAACACCUGCCCAUCUGGGUAUAUAUAUGGUAGACACGGAAAUAAAUGUGGAGCGUUCUAGACUCCAGUGUGAAUACUGGACCAACUCCUCUCAAUUUAUAAAAAGAUUUUAGUGACUGUAUCUUUCUAUUAUGUUUGGAAAAAAUACUACCAAUUUGUUUUUUGAUAGAAAUAAUCUCUUGCAUUUAGUGAGCAGUUUGUCUUAGUUAAUAGAUAAGAAUUCUGCUCUAUAGAGAAACCUGUGUCCUUUUCUUUUUCUAGUUAAAUUUGUAUUGGAGUAUUCUGCUUUAUAGAAAUUUUUUACUCAAUUUAUCUAUUAUGUAAGUUACCAAUGUGCCUUUGAUAUGAAUAUUUACUUAUUAUGGGCAAGUCUACAGUUUUAUGAAAAGAAUGAUGCCUUAGUAACAUGAGAAUUCCUGCACUGACAGUCUUAAAGCAAACGAUGUAGUAGCUACCUCAGAAAGGUUCUCUAGUUAAACAUUGGGAUAAUGGCUUGCAGCAUGUGCAUGGAAUGUCUUGCUGAGAAGAUCUGCAGAUUCUCUUAGCAUAAACAAGUGAAAGGAUUACUGCCAAUCACUACGACACUGCCACAUUGCCUCUGAUCUCACUGUAAUAAGUAAUGCAGGAACCCCUUGUCUUUCAACAGCUCCUCUCACAAGCCAAAGAUAAUGAGUUAAGCUGAUGGAUGACGGUCGGCUGCUUAUUUUGGGUUAAAAUCUUUAGCUUUAUGUGUAGAAUCUUUGCUUAAUAUAUUAAAUAGGCUUUUAUUAUUUGAAGUUUUGAUUUUACACUGUUCAAUUGUAUAUGACAAAUUACAAUUACUAUACAGUACAGAGCACCACUUGGUUUCCGAACCCCUUGGGGACGACACCCGUCAGUUAACAUGUAAGUUCGUAAACGAGAAAUAAAGAGAAAAAAUAAACUAGAAAUGUAAAAAAAAAUUAUGAAAAA